GUAGAUCUGACCCUGACCUAGCUUUUCAUCCAUCCUGACUUUUAAAGCCUAACAGUUAUCUAUGCUGGACAUGUCGAAUCUUCCAGACUUCCAGAUUACAAGAUAUAAAAACAUUCAAGAAGACUAUUAAACUGACUAGAUCGAGUGCAGUCAAGUAGCCAGAAUACUGCCCAUUGGACGCUAUUAAGAACCUUGAACGGUACCAAAACAUCAAGGAGUGAGCUCCGUAUGAGGUUUUCUCAGGUGUUUACAUCUAAUGUCAGAGCUGUUAUUAUUGGACCUCCUGGUUCAGGAAAGGCUACCAUCUCUUUGCGUUUACAGAAAGACUUUGCUUUGAAAUAUAUCUGCUGUGGCGAUAUGCUAAGAAACCAUGUUGCUUUAAAAACAGAUAUUGGGAAGCAGUUUAGUCACUAAAAUGAUGAUUGCUGAGUGUCAGAGUUAUGCAAGCGAUAACUUACUCAUUGAUGGAUUUCCGAGAACUAUGAUACAAGCUGAAGACGUUCAAAAACAACUUCCUGUCAGCUGUGUUCUUUGCUUAGAUGUACCCUUUGAAGAAAUCAUAAAUAGAAUCAGUGGGAGAUACACUCAUGUCCCAAGUGGUAGGACGUACAAUGAUAAUUUUAACCCUCCAAAGCGCAAAGGAUUUGAUGAUGUGACUGGAGAACCUCUAACACGCAGAGAUGAUGAUGACCUGAUAACUGUUCGUAAACGUUUGGAUGUUUAUCAACUUUCUACUUUACCAUUGCUUGAUUAUUACGGGUGUUACUUCAUUGAACCGAUCCCUGAAGGGACGCAGCUCGACUGCCAAAAAUGCUAUCAGACGGGUCUAAAAUUGAAUCAAUUUUUUAAUGCUGAUGAUCAAUAGAAAUACUCAAUUUUUAUAGAAUUGAAGUUCAUUUUUAUUCUUAUUUAAACUGUGUUUUUAAAACCUGUCUGUACUACUUAUAUAUACUUAUUUACUU